GGUAUAUUGGCUGACAUCUGAUCGUGUCUACUAUUUACGCCCUUUCAAUGCCGUGUAACCGCCUGAUAUCUGCUCAUAUCGACUCUUUAUGUCCCUUCAAAGUGGUAUAAAGACCGACGUGUCGUCAUUCGUCAUUCCGGUUGUCUAUAUCUCAAAAACUCUAGACAUCGUUUCAACAUUGAAGAAAACAACUCGUUCUCUCUACGGUCCAUCAUAUCUGCGUUGAACAAUGGCAUCCAUCACCGCUGGCCCCGAGUUUCAUGAUGCACCUCCCCCGGGCUUCUCUUCAGCGCCAAUAAUUGCACAAGAUGCACCAGCCCUCCUUGGAUUGCAUCACGAAAUUCCCCAACUCCACAUCUACACAGCAUCCACUGCGGACUAUGAGGGCCUAAACAGAGUCAACGAUAGAGCUGUCACGACUCUCCCUGUAGCUGCUGUGCGCCCGACAAAUGAAAAGGAAGUUUCCACAACGGUGCGGUACAUCUCGCAGAAUGGCCUGGCUUUGGCUAUUCGAAACUCAGGUGUAGAUCAAGGCGGCCGGAAUCUUGCCUUUGGACCUAAAGAUGUCUCGCUCGAUGUUCGCUCACUGGACAAGAUAGUCCUUUCUGCAGAUAGGCGCGAAGCGACUAUUGAAGGAGGUGUGAUAGGCGGGAAGUUGCUCAAGUUUCUAGACGAUCAUGGCCUCACGACGCCCACGGCCUUUUCUUCCGCGGUUGGCUACGUUGGUUGGGCUUGUGGCGGUGGUUAUAGCUCGUUGAACGGUAUAAUGGGUUUGGGUGUGGAUAACAUCCUUGGUGGAAGAGUUGUAUUGGCAGAUGGGAGAAUCAUGGACACAGACGAUGCCGGCUCUGACCCCGAUCUACUGUGGGCGCUUCGUGGUGGCGGCGCUGGUCUUCUCGGAGUGGUCACAUCGCUUCGUGUUCGUGUGUACCGCCGCCCCGAUUGUUUGGCGGGGAAUAUCAUCUUUCCGUUGACAGAAGCGCCUCAAAUCGCCCGGCAACUGAAUGAACUAUACGCAUGGAAGAAACCUCCCAAGUUUGCGGGCGAUGUUGCUGUCAUCGAUCCAACUGGAGGCGGCGCUAUAUUUUCCUUUCUAUUCUUCUGGGCUCUGGAGGAGGACCGCAGCGACCUCGAGGAAGCAAAAGAUUACCUUGAGCGUGUUCUCAAGUUUGGAACCGUUAUAGCCAAUACGGCCGCAGAGACAACCCCUCACCAAUUUCUAGUGUCAAUUCCCCAACCUCCACUUUACGGCGAUCUCAUACAUUUUCGACUGACAGCUUCAGUACCCAGCUGGUCAGAAGAGCUGGGGCGCAUCAUAUCAGAGCCAAUGCCAACUCCUUCAUCAAUAAUCAUUAUGCAUGACAGUCACGGUGCUGGAACACGUGCGUCUGGCUCUGCCGUGGACAGCGCUGUCUUUUCAAACCGUGAGCCGCAUUUGAUGUUCGGGUUCUUCGCAUCAGCACCCCCAAAUGAUCAAGAGGGGCUAGAGAAAUCCAGAGCAUGGGCAUACAGAUUGAUUGAAAAUGUUACAAAAGCAGGACUUGCUAUGCCAACUCGCUACAUCAACUUCACUCAUCCCCUGAAGGGCGACGGAUUUGGCUAUUACGGAGCGCAGGGACUGACUCGCAUCAAGGCAGUUAAAGACCGACUUGAUCCCUUGAACCUGUUUACUAAGAAUACGCCAGACCUGACCGAGACACUGAGUGCUUGAGAGCUAAUCCCAACAUAUUUGUCGUAUAAUAAUCUAUCUUAAACUGCUUCUGCAAACUCGAUCUGUUGUGCUUUAUCGCCCUUUUCGC